AUGUCACUCCGGUCCCAGGAGCCACCUGUGUCCUCGGAAACCGCAAUGCCUCUGCCCUUCCCCAUGCAGCUCAGUCCAGGUGGCCCCCAGAGGUCAGAGUGGGAGCCAAGAGGCUCAGGGGGUUCCGGCGGGCUCCUCCCUGCUCGCUGCCAGCCGGUGGCACUGCUGCUCCCACACCGGGUCAGUCCGUCUCCUCUGGGCUGCCCGUACCCAUUUGGGUGUCUGCUCCUGGGAUCCCCUUCCUUCACACACCUCUUUUGCAGAUGCAGAGUAUUUCAGGACCAGGCCCCUCCUGCCCAGCCUGGUUGGUGA